AAGUCAAAUUCAGGGGACUGACUCACAACUCACAACCUUAGCCUCCUCCACUUGCUUCUGCUUGGGCUGCGAAUAUCUUCUCCUCUGUCUCUUUCUUUUCCUUCUCUUUACGCUCAGUUUUCUUAGCAGUUUCUUGAUCCUUUCGUAUCACAAGUCCAACAAGAAAAACAAAGAAAGAGUUAUCCUCCUUGUAUUGUUUGCAACUACGCAAAGACAAAGCAAGAGAAAGUUUGGCAGCCCAGUAAGGGAAGAGCACCACGCCAUGAACGGAAAAGCCAGCGUUUCCAAGGAGCUUAAUGCAAAGCACAUAAAGCAAAAUUAGAUCCAGUUAUCUCUAGUAUACUGAGGCUAAAAGGAAGAAUUUCUAUGUUGUGUCCUUCCGACAGAUUCUUGAGGGGCUACUCAAACUGCCGGAGAACCAAUACUGUGCUGACUGCAAGAGCAAGCCCUAGAUGGGCUAGCGUGAAUCUGGGAAUCUUCAUAUGCAUGCAAUGUUCUGGAAUCCAUAGAGGUCUUGGAGUACACAUAUCAAAGGUGAGAUCUGCUACUCUUGACACAUGGCUUCCAGAUCAAGUUGCAUUGAUUCAAUCAAUGGGGAAUGAGAAGUCAAAUAGCUAUUGGGAAGCUGAGCUGCCUCAAAAAUUUGAUAGAGUUGGAAUUGAAAAUUUUAUCCGUGCAAAGUAUGUCGAGAAAAGAUGGAUCCCAAGGAAUGGAAACUUUAAAGCAUCUCCAGCUGUGAGAGAAGAUAGAAUUUUGGACAAGAAGAUGGGAUCUGGAAGUAGAAGUACUGGAUACCUUAAGUGCACAGAUAAUUUGUCGGAAGAGAGGAAAAACUCUAAACUUCUGAAUAAUGUUACAAGUUCCCCCUCCAUUCAAAACGGCUGUAACCCUGCGCCUCCUAAAGUAUCCGAACAGAUUGCUUCUGCUGUGAAACCGCAAGAAGUUCACCAGAAAUUGGAGCCAUCAGACACUCAGGCUAGGAAAGGAGAACCAGGAGGCAGGGCCACCCCAAUGGAAUCAGAAGCUAAGGUUGAAUAUGCUACUGAUUUUCUUAAUAAGCUUUCUAUGGAGGAAGCCAAAGAAAAUGACCCCAAAUUGUCUGCUGCUAAUAAUCUUUCAUUGGGACAUUCGCAGACUGCUGAAGCUACACGAUGCUUAGAGCAAAAGGUUCCAUCUAAGGUUGCAGAAAACAAGAGCAAGCUGGACUCUGGUAUUGAAGAAUUACUUAGAGAUUUUCAGUGGAAUACCCCAACUGUUGUAGGGAAACCUUUAGAUGAUAUGAAGAAUGACACCAUGAGCCUCAUUGACAAGUCUAGCGUGGUGUCACCUUUGCCCGUCCAACAACAACAUAUGAUGCUGGCUGAACAGCAGUCUAGUUUCAUGGCUGCUGCACCAAGGCCUUGGGGUCAGUCUCAUUCAAUUCCCAACAAUAUACAUCAAGCCACCUCCAAUGCUCAAAACUGGGGAAGAAUUAGCUAUCAGGCACCUGGAAGAAUGAUGGGAAGUGUUCAACCUUUAAACUGCUAUGCUGCUGCUUCUGCAAGUCCAAAUUUAAGCAUGUACAAUGCAACACCAAUGGCUCCAGUAGGUGGAAGAAUAUCAGCUGCGGGGAUGGGCAGGCCUUACUCAACUUUGAGUGCACCAUCAAAUUAUGACUUCUCUUCUUUAGUGCAGGGAAUGUUUACAAAACGGUGAUCCACCACCCCAAUUCAUUUGUUACUUUAGAGCACAAAAUUAGCAUAUCCAUAGUUAAAUACUACUUUUGGUUUGAAGCAAUUAUUAUAGUGACUGAUGUUCAGAAUUGGCUCCAUUCUUUUAUUUAUCAGCAGAUUGUAUAUUGCAAAUAUUUGUAAUUUACCUGCUAUAUCCCUUCUUAUGUUAAGGCAUUUAGCUUGUCAAUUCUUAA